ACAGUAUACCCAAGGGCAAGCCGAAACGAGGGAUAAGCAUGUUCAAGCCGAUCCCGGAGGACCGUACCUGCGAGAGCGCGAGUAUCCCCGAGCACUGGUGCAUGUGCCACGGUCGGCGCAACGUGUCCCUGGACGACCCGGCGCUUCCAAAAGUGAUGGAUUUCAUCAUCGGCAGAAUCAACGGUAUGCUCGCCCGGUACCCCCAGUGCGCCCACCUCGAGCUCUACUCCCUCGUCGACGCGAAGGCCCUGAGCGACGGCGACGACGAAAAGGAGAGGAAGAAAACCGAGGCCGACAAGGCCGUGCCUUGGAUCGACUACUCGAUCACUUUCAAGACGAAGCCCGGGAGUGCCAUUUUCGAGGGCUCGGUGAGGCUUCGGACCGACAAUGGCAUCCUCGAUCUCGUCGGCUCCAUCAGCCGGCUGAACGCCUACGGGAACCAGAGCGCCUGCGUCGAUGACUCGCUAAUGCGGCUCUACUGCUAUUGCCGCUAAUUUUACAAUUUUGCACGUUUUGUCAAACAAAAGGCAAAAGUAUAUGGUCUUCGGGUUGAGUUGUCAAAUGAUGAUCGAUGGCUUUCCUUCGGGGAAAUGGUUCCUUAUACGUAUAAUACGUCACCGCACUGAUCGGAGGAGGUUCCUGUGUCUAACGCUUUUUCGCGCGCAAUUUCUUGUUUUUUUACCAUAUAUAUAAUUAGCUUCAAAACCAAGUAUCGCGUGUUAUGCAUUGCGCUAAGGAUUUUGCUCGAUUGACUACAAUACGGGUGCUUUGGGCCUAUAAACUAAUCGUGUUUGUCACUUUUUCUCGAUCUGCAUAAAAAACAAAUAUGUGUGUGUGUGUGUGUGUGUGUUUACCGAUAAAUGGUAUAACGAGUCGAAAGUGCUAUAAUAGGUGCUUGGUUUUAUUCAUUAGGAUUUUAGCGUGUUUCUCUUUGCAUGUUAUACGUGUACGGGUAUAAGUUGCGAAAGAGCUUUGAGCCAGCGUGUGAAUUUUAAAUAAAUACAUUUAAGAUAAAUUGCGGUGCCAAAAAUAUUUUGACAAAAGUAACGUAGGUUUAAGAGUUCAGCGUGUAUUGUUUGUAUUUACGUCUGUGAGAAAUUUUAAUACGAAAAAGCACAAUCCUUACAAUUUUUAAGCAUACUAUUGUCAUUUUUUUUUUUUUUUU